GAGAGACGAGUCCGUACUGAAAGAGUUAGACGUCGUGGUAGACGUGGGAGGCGUUUACGAUGCGAACCGUCAUCGCUAUGAUCACCACCAAAGAGACUUCACUCACACUCUUAGCUCUAUUCUCACCAAUAAGUCGUUUAAGAUUAAACUCAGUUCUGCGGGACUCGUGUUCACUCAUUUCGGGCACGAGAUUAUUGCAAACCUAUUGAAUUGGGAUAAAACGGACUCCAAAACUGAUCUAAUCUUCGAUAAGGUUUAUGAGAACUUUGUUCAAGAAAUCGAUGCAAUAGAUAAUGGCGUCAGUGUAUGCGAAGGGGAACUUAACUAUCGAAUUACAACAAACUUGAGCUCAAGAGUCGCUAAUUUGAUCCCUCAUUGGAAUGAAGUGUCUUCUGACGACAUCCUAUACAAGCAAUUCCUGAAAGGGAUUGAAUUAGUGGGACAUGAGUUCAAAGACAGAGUUCAUUAUUACGGCGAGGUUUGGUG